ACGUGUUUGUUCUGUUAUUUUGUGUUGCUUAAUUCAUUGAAAUUUUAGGAAUAAAAUAAUUGGCAAAAAUGUCUGACAAUCCCAGUUCUCCGCCACCGAAUACGCCCAGCGACAUUGAUCGGCGCAAUUUUCGUUCUGGCAUGACUUCGCCAGUUGGAGAUUUUGAACCAUUCGAAAAUGAAGAUGAAAUUUUGGGCGACACGACGGUUCGUGAGGAAAAUUACGACGAAGAUGACGGUGAAGACCUAUUUGGGGACGAUAUGGAAAACGAUUAUCGAGCGAUGCCGAAACUUGAUCGAUAUGACAUAGAUCAACUGGAUCAGGAAGAAUACAGCGAUAUUUCGCAGACGGAUCGCGCUGCUGCUGAGGCGGAAAUGCGCCGUCGUGAUCGUGCAGCUGGUAUUCAUCGAGAUGAUCGAGAGCUAUUCUAUGACAGGAGCGACGAUGAGGAUGAUAUCCCAAGGGCCAAGCGAAGAGCGGCCGAAAAAGCCGCAGCAGGUGAAGUUGAAGAUGCUGAAAUGAUCGAAUCUAUUGAAAACCUCGAAGAUACAAAAGGUCAUAGUAUAAAAGAAUGGGUGUCAAUGCUAGGACCACGCACGGAAAUAGCUAAUCGAUUUAACAGCUUUUUGAGAACGUUUGUUGACAGUAAGGGGCAAUACGUAUAUAGAGACAGAAUCAGAAGAAUGUGUGAGCAAAAUAAGUCUAGUUUUGUGGUUUCUUAUACAGAUUUGGCUAAUAAUCAACAUGUACUGGCAUAUUUCUUGCCCGAAGCUCCAUUUCAAAUGUUAGAAAUUUUGGACAAAGUAGCUAAGGAAAUGGUAUUAAGCAUUUAUCCUACUUACGAAAGAGUAACUAAUGAGGUUCAUGUUCGAAUCUCUGAUUUGCCUCUAUUGGAAGAGCUUCGCACAUUCCGUAAGCUACAUCUGAAUCAAUUGGUCAGAACGUUGGGUGUAGUAACGGCUACGACGGGUGUUUUGCCCCAAUUGUCCGUUAUAAAAUAUGAUUGUGUAAAGUGUGGCUACAUACUGGGUCCAUUUGUGCAGAGUCAAAAUACCGAAGUUAAGCCCGGUUCGUGCCCAGAAUGUCAGAGUGGAGGACCAUUUUCAAUCAAUAUGGAACAGACGCUAUACAGGAAUUACCAAAAAAUUACGCUACAAGAGUCGCCGGGACGUAUUCCCGCUGGUCGAAUUCCCCGAAGCAAGGAUUGUAUAUUGCUCGCUGAUCUAUGUGACCAGUGCAAACCGGGUGACGAAAUUGAAGUUACUGGAAUUUACACCAAUAACUAUGACGGGUCGCUUAAUACGGAGCAGGGGUUUCCAGUGUUUGCCACCGUGUUAAUCGCAAACCACCUUGUUGUGAAGGAUAGCAAACAAGUUGUAGCCUCACUUACUGAUGAGAAUAUUGCUAUGAUACAGAAAUUGAGCAAAGAUCCGCGAAUUAGUGAGCGUAUCGUUCAAAGCAUGGCCCCUUCCAUCUAUGGUCACGAAUAUAUCAAGCGGAGUUUGGCUCUUUCAUUGUUUGGAGGAGAGUCUAAAAAUCAUAGGGAAAAGCACGAGCUUCGUGGUGACAUCAAUAUAUUACUUUGCGGAGAUCCAGGAACAGCAAAGUCUCAGUUUUUAAAGUAUGCUGAAAAAAUUGCGCCGAGAGCUGUGUUUACAACCGGUCAAGGUGCUUCUGCCGUUGGUUUAACCGCCUAUGUGAGACGAAAUCCAACUACCCGUGAAUGGACGUUGGAAGCAGGAGCACUGGUCCUGGCUGAUCAGGGCGUUUGUUUAAUUGAUGAAUUUGAUAAAAUGAACGACCAGGACCGAACAUCCAUUCAUGAAGCUAUGGAACAACAAUCGAUUUCUAUUUCUAAAGCUGGAAUUGUUACAUCAUUGCAAGCAAGGUGUGCUGUUAUUGCGGCUGCAAAUCCGAUCGGUGGACGUUAUGAUCCUAGCAUGACUUUUUCCGAGAAUGUUAAUUUGUCAGAGCCGAUUCUUUCCCGUUUUGAUAUUCUUUGUGUUGUUAAAGAUGAAUUUGAUCCAAUGCAGGAUCAAUUACUCGCUCGUUUCGUUGUCGGUUCGCACAUCAAAAAUCAUCCGACCAUGGAAGAUGUUGUUCCGGAAUCACAACCUAUCGACAGCAUGCAAAUUCCACAGGAUAUGUUAAAAAUGUACAUUGUCUAUGCCAAGGAAAAUGUACACCCUACACUCACGAACAUGGAUCAAGACAAAAUUUCCAAGAUGUACUCACAACUCCGGCAAGAGUCUCUGUCUACUGGAUCGCUUCCAAUAACAGUUCGUCACAUCGAAAGUGUUAUACGAAUGUCAGAGGCUCACGCCAGAAUGCAUUUGCGAGAUACUGUUCAAGAUGCGGACGUGAAUAUGGCUAUUCGUAUGAUGUUAGAGAGUUUCAUCGAAGCGCAGAAAUUCAGCGUUAUGAAGAAAAUGAGAUCCACCUUCCAGAAGUAUCUUUCAUUCCAAAGAGAUCAUUCAGAGUUGCUGUUUUUCAUUCUAAGGCAAUUGACGCUAGAUCAGCUAGCUUAUCUUCGCUGCAAAGAAGGGCCAAGAGCCACACAUGUGGAAAUAAUGGAAAAAGAUCUGAUUGAACGCGCUAAGGCCAUAGAUAUCCAUAAUCUUAAGUCUUUCUACGAUAGCGAAAUAUUCAAAAAGAAUGGUUUUGCCUACGAUACUAAAAGGAAAACCAUAUUGCAAAUUGUACCAGAAGCAGCUGAGGUUUAAU